AUGAAGCGCUGCUGCCCGGGCGCAGCCUCGGUGAUCCUGGCAGCGCUGUGCCUCGCAGCAAGUGAAUCGCAGCCCCCAGGCUGCCGGGACUGCGCCGUGCCGUGGGGGCAGCGGGUGCCGGUGCGGCUGCGGAGGCACAUCACCAAACCCCGCUGCCCUGGCAUGAACUGGGUCGAAGCAGUUCGCCGGUGCUGCAACCGUUGUCCUGCAGGGAUGUUCCUGCUCACCCCUUGCUCGAGCCAUGGCAACGACAGCAUCUGCACCGCCUGCCCCGCCGGCACCUUCCUCUCCCAGCCCAACACCCUCACCAAGUGCCAGGCUUGCUACGAGUGCGACCACCAAACCUUCCAGAGCGUGCUGACCAACUGCUCGGCCACCAGCAACGUUGUCUGUGGCUGCGAGUCCGGCCACUUCCGCCAGUGCCACAACAGCGCCUGCAGCGAAUUCUCGUGCCAGCAGUGCGAGCCCUGUGCCGGGCGGCUCGUCCAGCGGUCCUGCUCAGAGGCGCAGGACACGGUCUGUGGUGGCUGCAAACCCGACUUCUACGCCGAGGGUAGCGAGUGCCGGCCGUGCCACAUGACCAUCCCGGAGAUGUGUGGCAAGGAGUGCCAGCGGGUGUGCGGCGUCAGCGGUGGACAAGGCUCAGGGCUGGAGUACAUCCUGUUGGCGCUCACCGGGCCCCUCUUCCUGGGUGCCCUCGGUAUCUACCACAAGAGGAAGCGGCUCCGGCACAGCACCCUGGCAGGCAGCCCUCACCCGAUAUCUGGGGCUGUGGCCACGCCACAGUGCCAGGUCAGUGCCCAGGGGUGGGACAGCCAGUGCUGGAGCCAGCCAUGCUCCCCACCAGUGUUGGAGCGUACCAGCGGCGUGGCAAGGCAGAGCCCCAUGUGCCAGGCCCUACUGCGGGGACAGCCCGGCGAGCUGGAGCCCUCUGCCCCACUGGAGCCCCACAGCACCCUGCUGCAGGGCAGCCAGCUCUACACUGUCAUCGACGCGGUGCCGGUGCGGCGCUGGAAGGAGUUCAUGCGGGUGCUGGAGCUGCGGGAGGCAGAGAUCGAGCUGGUGGAGCUGGAGGUGGCCCACAUCCGUGACCAGCAGUACGAGAUGCUGAAGCGCUGGUGCCAGCAGACCAGCGCCACGCUCGACCGCAUCUUUGCCGCACUGGAGCGCAUGGAGCUGGCCGGCUGUGCCGAAGCGCUGCGCCGGAGCCUGUCCGCAGGGCCCUGACCCCUGGUGCUGCAGGCCGGCAGAGGGAGGUGCCUCAGCCGAGCCGUACCCCUAAGUAUUGUUACUUAUGCCGUGUAGACAUUUUAUGUCAGUUGUAUGUCCCCUUCCUGCCCGCCUGCCCCCUCUAUUUAUGUCCCCGUGCUCACGGGGCCGAAGGGGAUCCCGGCACACCGGCUGCCCGGCCCCUCGCGGGACGAGCGGGCACCGAGCCCCCGCGAAC